AUACGAGAAAACGAAAAUGAUGGGGAAAUCAGACAGUUGACGAAGGAACACUUCCUUUUAAAACGUUGAGGAGGGUAGCUAGUUUUUAAGCGUUGGUCAGUCCACAUACGCCUAAUGAACGCGGUGGAAACAUUUAACGCUAUGUUGUUAGAUAUCUCUAACGAGCUCAAGGAUGACAACUUGAAGCAGCUCAAGUUCUUGUGUUCUGAAAUUAUCGGGAAGAAACAAAUGGAAAAAGUAAAAAUGGGCGUUGAUCUUUUUCAGCACCUAAAGGAAGUAAACAAACUAGGACCUGACCAUGCAACGUUUCUCUGCACGUUACUGGAGAAAAUAAAGCGAGAGGAUCUUGCUAAAAAAGUGCAGGAGUACAUGCAAAAGAAUGCAUCAAGAGACGUAGGUCUACCAGAAACCGAGGAACGAGCAAAAGUGAAAAUAGCAGUUGAUGUCAUUGUUGCAAACCUUGGGAAAGACUGGCGACGAUAUGGCAGGAAGCUGGGACUGCACGAUGCAAAACUUGACCAAAUCCGGGAGAAGCACCCUUUUAACCUUGAGGAGCAGGUGAUGGAGGUCAUCAAUGAGUGGAAGAGGAUGCACACAGGGGAUGUCAAGGCAGCUGUUUUAAUAGAAGCACUUCGCUCUUGCAAUCUAAAUUACACUGCUGAUCUAGUUGACAAGGAGAUUAAGUCCCCUAACACAUAAAGCACUUAUCUUGGUCUUAAUAAACUCCUUGCUAAUAUGAAA